UCGGCUACCCUGACAACAUUUGAGGCUGAAGAUUUUCUUGGUCAAGUUCAUAUGCCUCCCUAGCCCGUCCCUCCCCCCUAAACUUCAUUCUCUAUGCCUCCUUAGUCCCUUCCCACGAAGUUGACACCUCUCUAUCUCCAAGGUUCUCUCUCUAUUUAAGCCCAAGACUCAAGGUGUAUGUUUUGGGUGUCUUUAUUCACAAUGGGUAGAGCUACAAACUCUUCAUCAUCAUCUAUUGACAGCAGCAGCCAUCCAACUGUUUCAUCUGCAUCUUCUUUCCCCCGGCUCAAGAGAGACCUCAGCACAGAUCUUAGCCUUGGGCUCAGCAUUUCAACCUCUGAUCACCAUUACUGCCCUUCCACUCCAAGGGAGCAACAAUCAGAUUGGCCACCCAUAAAGACUCUCCUCAGGAAGGCCCUGGCAGGAGAAGGAAACAAGUGCAAUGAUGCCACCUUCUUUGUGAAGGUAUACAUGGAAGGCAUUCCAAUUGGACGAAAGCUCGAUCUAUUUGCGCACGACGGUUACCAUGCCUUGAUAAGGACUCUUGACGAUAUGUUCAGCACCACCAUUCUCUGGGCUGAGGUGGAUGGAGUUCUGCAUUCUGAGAAAUGCCAUGUGCUAACAUAUGAAGACAAGGAAGGAGACUGGAUGAUGGUUGGGGAUGUUCCUUGGGAGCUGUUCUUGACCACUGUAAAGAGAUUGAAGAUCACUAGGGUAGACAAAUACUAAAGAGCCCAAUCCCAGUACAUCCUUGAUAGUUGUCUUUUCCGAUCUCUCCACAUUUUGUCUUGUGGGGUGGAAAUCAAACUCACAGUAUAUGAAUUUGUUACUGAGUUAUAGAUGUACAUGCAUACACACCAAAUGAGUAUAUAUAGUUUUAUUUUUCCCUUGUUUCA